GGUCGCUGCAUUUAGCGUUGUGAUUGUUGCUAAUUGUGCAACGGAAAAACUGUAGUUUAGUGUAGGAAGGAAUCACAAAAGUUUUCACAAGAUGGCUCAACAGGCUCCGGAAGGAUUGGACGUAACGGAGUUAAUGUUUAAACUACAAAGCAAAGUGCCACUGUUCAAAGGGAAUGGAAAUGCUAAGGAUAACUGCAACCUACUGGCUGCGGCCAGUGUGCACGGGUUGGUAUUUGCCGGCACAGUUGGCCCGGAGUUGCGGGUGUUGCGGCUGAAGGACAUUACCACGGGAGAUCGCGCGGUCAGCGAUGUGGUUCCGUUACGUACGGUCCAGCUACCCAGUGAAGCGUUUCAACUUGCCGUAAGCUGCGACCAUGGCUUCCUGGCGGUAGAUGUCGUCGGUAACGGUGGCGUCCCAUUCAUUUACAUCUACUCGGUGCCUUCGUUUUUGACCGGAUCCGUAGUGAAGCUGCAUGAAAUACGAACCUCACCGCAGCCCGGUGUAAGGUGUUCGCAAAUCUGCUGGAAUCCCGUCAUACACAACAUGUUCUCCGUGCGCACCGAAACCGGUGGACUUUCGGUGUACACACUCAAGGAACCGACCGGGCUUGAGUUCCACUCGCUCGACGCCAACGCAGGGGCUGCGCAGUGUGCCUGCUGGAGUCCGAAGGGAAAGCAGUUGGUUGUAGCGUUCGCCAAUGGAAAGCUUGUGCAAUACAAGCCCGACCUAAAACCGGCCCGUACUAUCGUCUGUCCACCGGGAGUUGUGGAAGGCGGUGGAGGAUAUGAUGUGCUUGCCGUGCAGUGGCUCAGCACGUACCAGUUUGCGGCCGUUUUCCUUCCCCACGCUCCCGAUUCGGUGCCAGCACUGUUCAUCGUGAACGCACCGAAAGUGGGCAAUCCGAUUUUAAUCAACUACGAUGACGUUUGCUACAGCCAGAGUGGACCACGCAAGGGCCAGGUGUUUCUGCUGCACAUUCUCCCCUGGAACCUCCUGCUGAUGGCAUCGGCCAACAGCAUGGAGGUGGGCAUCCUAGGCACGACCGAAACCGGUGAAGCACCCACCUGGUGCCAAUGGACAACGACGGACGAAGCGCGAGCCGAACUUCCUCUUACGGCGGACAAACAGGAAUCAUUUCCCAUCGGAUUCGCACUCGAGACGGGCUGCACACACGAGCUCGUGAUCGGGGAGCAGGCGUUUCCGGUGAUGCCAAUGAUACACCUUCUCUCCACGUACGGCCAGCUGGUUUCCUUUAACGUACUGAACAAGAUGCCAAAUGUGCCCAACAUUUGCUCGCCACCGAAACCGGCUCAAGAUUUAACUGGUGGUGCUUUCGUAAUGAUUGACUUUGACAAUUCCGCACCACCACAGACAACUCCUUCGUUCCAGGCGGCCGGAAUGGCCUCGAAUGCAAACGCAAUGGCGUCGCAGGUGAGCCAGCAGCAACCGCCACAUUUGUCCGAGAUAUCGUUUGCCGUUCCAAGUGGAGCCACCUCGACACCGGCCAUACCGAAAACGAAAUCCUUCUUCAAUGCAGGGCUCGGUCCCGGUGACUCGACGGUCCCAAAAUCACCGCUCAAUCUGUUCGGGUCGGUUGGUAGCGCCAAACCACCAACAGCAGUGCCCACGGCCACAACCAUAGCGCCCACCUUCGGAAAGCAAAUCACAUUCGGAGGAAAUGCUGGUGCUGGUGGAGAAACGAAAACGUCCCCGUUCGGAGGGUUUGCAUCACCGAGCGGUGUGGGAGGAUUCGGGAGUGCAGGUGGUACUACUAUUGGAACGACACCGAGUGGCCUCCCGACAAUGUCCGCUCCACCGUUUCAAGCUGCGAUGGCGUCGAUGGCACCACCAACAACCGCUACACCGACAUUCACAUCGGCGGGCCCCGCGGAUGCAAACAAACCUCUCGUUACAGUUCCUCCGACGUACGUUCCGCCGGCAUCGAGCCAACAACAGCAAUCACAAGCACAACCGCCGGUCGCAGCAACGGGACAGCAGACGCGCACGACGAGAAAAUCGGAUGUAUCUAGUGAGGACAAUAACGCCAUCAUUCGGGCCAUAACGGUGGACGAGUUGAAACGAUUCUCCCGUGAGCUGGUUGAUAUGCAGCAGCGUAAUCGGUCAGUGAACGUACAGAUCGGCUCGAAGGAAGAGUCGGCCGGCAUCAUUCGCAACCUGCGCGAACUGGAGGACAUCAUUGCGCAGGCAAACGAAAGCACCCAAUCGCUCGUGUCGGACGUACAGGCGCUUCGGCUCGGACUGAACGAAGCAUUUGCGAUGGUGGCGGAGGCGAACAGCAAGAGUGCCAUCUACAAUAACCCUAGCUUGCACCAGUACCAGGAGGAACACGUGAUGUCACAGGCGAGUCGCCGACAGCUGUCCGCGCUGGAGAACAUGCUGCAGGUGAACGAGAACCAGCUGCGUACCGUCACGAAGCAGCUCGGUGCCCAGUGGAUGGCGGUGGAGGAAGCCAAGCGGGCGCAAGUCCGGCAGCGCAUGCACAUUCCGAGUCUGGAGGUGCUGUACCAGACGCUCUCGAAGCAGCAGGAGAUACUGAACCGGCAGUGCGAGAAAUUGGGCUACCUCAAGCACAGGCUCGGACUGAAGAGUACGCUGAAGGGGCUCGGAGACGCCGAAGGACGCAAAGCGCUCACACACGAUGACAGUGGUGCGAUCGAGUCGCUGACGGAUUCCAUCCUUUCGAUGACGCUCGGGGAUCAGGUGGCGGCGGAUGCGAAAAAAUUGAGCGAGGUAAAGUUGGCCGCAUUGCGUAAGGCGCUCGCCGGCCGUAAGGUGGUGACGGUGAAACCGAAGCGACCGGACAGGGUCGGAUUGAGCUCGGAAGUGGUCCGUGAGCGACGUGAUGAAGUGAGACGGUUAAAUUUGGAGCAAGAAAAAUCGCAGAAGGCACAGGCUGCUAAGAAGGAGGCUGAACAAAAGAAGCAGCAACAACAACAGCAGCAGCAACAACAACAGCAGCAGCAACAACAACAGCAGCAGCAACAGCAACAACAAGCUCAGAAGCGACCCCAGCAGCCGCAACAGCCGCAGCAGCCUCAGCAGCAACAACCGCAGCAGCAAAUCCUACAGCAGCAAUCGCAGCAACCCGUUGCAAAACCGUUAGCAUCGUCAACAGCCUCUAAUAAACCGUUCUCAUUCCCAGCACAAGCGGCGACCGGAGGAUCGGCAGGUAUGGGUAGUUUUUCGUUCGGACAAACCACAAUUACACCGAUGACGGCGGAUGCCGCACCUCCUUCCAAGCCCAUCGGAGGAGGAGGGAAUAUAAGCACCGGUCUUUCCUUCGGUGCUAGCAACAAGGAAAACAUGGAGAAGAAAGACUCCGGAGCGAAGGAAAACGUAGCCCCAAAGCCAUCUGCGGCCGGGUUGUUCAGUUUCGGAUCGUCAACAGCUGCAACGGGUUCGUCGCCUGCUGCCUUUAAAUCUCCCCCAGAGACGUCGUCUGCCGCCGUCACCAGUGGUGUGGGGAUGACGGGAAAAUCGGUAUUUUCCUUUGCCGGUGCAGGAGCAAACACUCAAACGCCAAGUCUCUCGUUCGGUUCCGUUUCGAAACCAACAUUUUCCUUCGACCCAUCUUCAGCGUCGACACCUUCGACACUUUCCUUCGGAAGUGGCUCCACCGGCGGUGCCUCGGAGGCGCCGCUGAAUCUGGGUAAACCGAAGCAAACUCCCGUAACGAACGAAAACAUCCCACCGGUGGUGGCGGUGGUGGACGAUGAAACACGCAAAGAUAAACCACUACCGCCCUCGUUCGGACCGGUGGUCGAGUCAAACACGACGACCAAGGCCCCGCUUCCAGCAUUGACCAGUUUGUUGCAGAAGGUUGACCCAACGGCGGCGACGGUGGAUGGUUCGCAGACGAAGGUUACCUCCACGACCAAGGGAACGACGGCGACGUCCACCGGUCUGUUUGGAUCGAGUGGCGCAGGUUCAACUUUUGGCGAGGGUAGUCUUUUUGGAAGCAAGAGCAACACGACGGCAACCGGCGAUUCGGCCAAAAGUGGUGGAUUUUUCUCCGGGUUGACGUUCGGCGGGACGACCAUUACUCCCGUGGUAGCGUCCUCGGGAACCAGCACGCCGACGACCGCGAGUGGAGGACUACUUUUUGGUGGCGUAAAACCGGCACCACCAACUACAAAGGCCGAUGGAACACCUCCGAAUAGCGGCUUUAGUUUCGGUAGCAGCUUCACGCCAACAGCAACGGUGACUCCUCCCAGCGAUCAGUCCAAACCGGAGGAAAAAAAGGAAACGGUUCCUGCAGCAUCCAGUACCGUUUCCUCUACCUCUACCCCUCCCAACACAGUCACCGUUAUCUCAACGGGUGGAUUUUCUUUCGGAUCGCUUCCUACCUUAGGUAAAUCGCUUCCUUCACCUUCGGCCCCGGAUGCGUCAACGGCAUCAGUGGCUUCCCCGACGACUCCACCACCAUCGACAAUCACCGCCCCGGCGACGGCGGACCCUACGGCCGGUUUAUUCGGGUCGAUCAGCAUCUGCUCGCCAACCACUACGGCCAUCGGCACCACUUCGCCCCAGACUCCACCCUCGAGCGGUGGAAACAUUUUCAGCUCGAGUGCCUUCGGUGCGCCGCAACCCGGGGCCGGAACAAGCACUGCAAGUAUCUUCGGCGGUUCCGCGACCGCCGGAACAGGUACCUCUAUUUUUGGAGCUGUUUCUAAACCGGCUGCUGGUUUCGGUGUGGCUACCACACCCGUCGCCUCCACCGCCAGUACGGGUGGAAGUGGUUUGUUCGGUUCGGUUGUAGCUCCUUCGACCGUGACUUCGACCGCGGUGGCAUCAUCGGGAGGAUCUCUAUUUGGCGCGACAAGCACAAGCACAACAACAACUACCGCUGGUUCCAUUUUCGGAGGAGGGGCCACUAGUGGAGGAUUCUUCAGCUCGGGAUCCGGAGGAACGGCCACGACGACAACCGGAACCGGCUUUGGCGGUGGUUCUAUCUUUGGAGCGAGCGCCUCCUCCUCCCCUUCAACUCCGGUAAGUUCCGGAAACAUCUUUGGAGGUUCGUCGGCAGCACCGUCCGCGGGAGGAGGAAUUUUCGGUAACAACAACAAUAGCGCCGCAUCCGGUGGAUCCAUCUUCGGUGGGACAUCCGCCUUCGGAGCAUCAUCAACGCCCGCCGGUGGAGGAGGAAACAUAUUCGGAAGCCCCGCAGCAACCUCAACCCAAUCAUCCUGGACGGGAGGUUCAGGUUUGUUCGGUUCCGUUGGAGCAAAUACCGGUUCGUCGGGCUUCACUAGCCCUCAGUCCCCUGCAGCCCCUUCGCAGACAACGCAAUCGAUCUUCGGUGGUGGUGCAACAGCCGGAACUGCUUUCGGAGCGGCACCAACACCCACCAACACCGUGAGCGCGUUCGGUUCACCAUCGGGAGGUGGUGCCUCGGCAUUCAGCAAACCGGUGUCGUCCGCCUUCGGUGGCACGGCAGCCUUCGGUUCGGGAACGCCAACAUUCGGCGGUGCGGCCACGUUUGGCGGUGCACCGACCUUCGGUGGGGGGCCCACGUUCGGUAGCCCGAAGGCGACGUUCGGUGGGGGAGCGGCCUUCGGUGUCGCACCGGCUGCCACCGCCAUCGGAUCACCGACACAAUCGAACAACCUGUUUGAGCAGCUCGGUUCCUCAUCGACGAGCGUUUCGUUCGGCGGUUUGGCGCAGCAGCAAGCCACGAAGCCUCCCCAGUUCGGUGGAUCAUCCUUCUCCAGCUGGCGUUCGUAAGCGCAUUGUGUAUUGAGAAACAGUUUUUAUUUGAUAGUCACUUUCUUUAAAAUGCAGUUUGUUGAUGCUAGCUCAACCGAGAAUCAUGCUGAAAUAAACAUACACUAUAUCGAUUUUAUUUGUUCACUUAUGAAA